AAAAAAAAAGGAAAAAAAGAAAAGAAAAGAGAAAAUUACAACCAGCCCUAGAAAACCUCCCUUGACGGGAUAGGGGAUUUAUUCUUCUUCGACGACCCAAAUUGUGGUUAUCAGCCAGCUAUCAGCAAUUUCCUUCUUUUCGGUGAUCCAACUCGCUCUACAGCCAACUACAUCAUCAUGUAUUCGUGUGCCAAUUAUCCUCGCGGUUGCCGUGGCCGCGUUAAUAUUCAAGGAGGAAAAUGCGCCGAUUGUGUGCAACUGAAACUCCGUCGACCAUCAUCUACGUCCCCCUUUGCCCAGCCACGAGAUUACCGAAGAGCAUUGCCCUCGGAGAUCUUAAAUGACUCCCCUUACAGGGCGAUCGCUCGGGAACUGCUGUAAACCUGCGAUACUGCUUCUAAUUCGAGACGGCACGAAAGACCUCCAGGACUUCGACCGGAUUUCCAGGGUCCUGCAGGUUGGGACCGAGUCCCAGGGACCUUUCACGCCUGUCUCAAUCACGGCACUGUCUUUCCUUACCCUAUUCAAUUAUGCUCUGACUUGAUGCAUUGUUGGGAGUUAAUCGAUCAUCGGAUUCUUAUACCAUAUACAAGGGCGGCUUUCUCGAUUUUAACUGAACCGGUGGUUCAGCACUGCGAUUAUUUUUUACUCAUCUCUCUUAUCUUUCUUUUGUGUGUAUAUGCGAGACAAUCUGGGUACGGCAUGAGUGAUUUCCCUAAUCCGCUGCUGGGAAUGGCGAUUUGGAAGUUUCCAUAAAAGUCAUACCUCGUGGGAAUAGAGCGCACAGCCAUGAAUCUGCUGCUGGCUGGCGGGUGGUGGCGCAGAUGGAUACCUUUCUUCUUCUCUCCUUUAAUAUCUGCUUUACUUUCUGUUCAGAUAUUUCGCUUUCGUCUGUCUUGUGAUGUGUACUCAUUGUUUUAAUAUUGGUCGAUUUUCAUACCCUUUCGACUGUACGAUUUACUGACAAUCAUACAUUUACUAUUAAUUUUUUUUUCUCAUUAUAU